AUGGCAAAUAUCUCUCAAUUAAUUACUUCUACAGAACGAGAUGAGAACUUCGAAAAGGCCCGUGUCCAACGGCUCCGUGCCAUGGCAUCCGAAAAGUACCAAGAAUUUGAAAAUGAAGUACUGGGAAUCGCCGGGAAAGUAAAUGGUCUUGGAUCAUCACGGUUCGCUGUUGGGGAACAAAAGAACUACAAGGUCACUCCAGGUGGACCCAAGAAUCUUGAUUUGGAUGAGAACUCCUUAUGUAGGUAUAAACCUUCACCAUCAUCAAAGAUGAAUAUUUCACCAAGCGUAAACGACUUGGCGUCCCAAACUUUUAAACUUGGUGGCCUAAAGAAUUCUCGCCUUUCUGCUGAGGUCUACAGCAAUGUCACCAACCAAUUUCACCCCCAAAGCAGUUCAGGAGAAAGUAUUCUCAGAGCAAGUGCCGCUGUCUUCACGCCAUCAAAGACUAAGAGUAGAAUUUCUUCCUUGAGUGGAUCGUCCCGCUCAUUUGCUCCAGAAUCUCUCGAGAUAUCACCUUCCGAUGGUGGUGGGGUUUCCUUGGUAUCAUCAACCCCAGCUGUUGUCAAGGAUAGCACCGCCAAGAAGCCGAACCAUCAGAAGUUGUUCGAGCAGAUGGUUCUUAAAGACCAUGAAAAUCGUAUGAAUUCAUCCCAAAGAGUCACUCCAACAGAGGUCGACAGCAGUGAUGGAGCUACCAUGCCCGCAGUCUUAUCCCCUGCUGCUGUUGUCAAAGAUGCCGUCGCCAAAAAGCAAAUUUCUGAGGACUUGAUGGAAAAGAAACUCCAUACAGAUUGGCAAAAGCGAUUGGGAAAGUUUCAACCAGCCACUUCUACCAAAGGAAACACUGCUAGUAGUGAAAACGUCCCAGUCGCGACCCAGAAACCCUUAGGCAUCUCCAGGGCCAGUUGCACUAUCGAGGAUAAAUCAUAUGACAUACUUAUAGUAACCAAGAACGGUGGUGCUUCUGUCAGCGAGAAGAGCUCUUCAAACAGAGCCUCCCAAGCUGUAUCUCUCGCCCCUUCUACCAUGAAGAAACACGACGUCAUAGAAAUGAUGAUAAAGGUCGAAGCAGAGAAAUAUGGAACGCGAGCAUCUGUCCCAGCUUCUUUUGUUGCAGCUCUUCCCGUUUCAGAUUCUUCAGUUCCGGCUUCUAUUUCUGGUUCACCUUUGCAAAUAUCUAGAGAUGCUAGUGACGGAGGGAGCAAACCACUCCUAACAGCUGGUCCUACUCAGCAGGUCAUCUCUGGCCCCUUCUUGAUGAAGGAAAACGAGUUUAUGGCAAUUCUAGUGAAAGGAAAGCAGGAGAGAGAACUGAAGGAAAAGCCUGUCCUUGCUUCCACACCAAAAAUCAAAACGGAAGAUCCCAAAUUGAAUAUCCAGCAAGCGGUAUCUGACUUUUCGGUCCCACAGACUCAAACCUCAAAAAACGAGGAAGUCGUUUCGGCAACCAAAAAUACUGUUGAGCAGGCAGAACUUUCCAACAUAGAAGAAUCGACCUUUGCGACUCCAAUAACAAGCUCAUAUCCUACAACAAUGUCGAACAAGCCUCUCAUUCAGGCGCCCAUCAACAAGUGGACUACUCUUGAUUUGACUCAGGGCAGGGCUCUAAGCAAGGCAGACGAGGAUUUCCAAGCCUUCAUUGCUAGGAAGGCUACAAAUGUAGGAACACGAGCACAACAACAAGCUGUUACGCACCAUCUAUCACCAAAGCCUUCUUCGAGAAAGCCAACGCAAGCCGAAGACAAAGCAGAAAAGCUCAAGUUAGCUGCAGGCGAAGCCAGUUUCGAUGCAUUACUUGCUCGCCGCUUCGCGCAUAGCCCGACCUCUCCACCCACGAAAUUGCCUGCCAACAACACCAAUUCUCAACGUUCUACGCCAAAGAAUGAUGGUGCAGCCUUCGGCAUGCCGGAACCUACCAUGAAAGAUGGUCAAGCAAUUCUUUCGGAGCUGAAGGCAGCAAGCAAAGACUUUGUUGCCACAAACGUACCAAAAAUCAGGGCAAGGAAUGUCCUCGACACAAAUCCUCCGGAUGAGAAAGUCAUUGGCACAAUGAACACAGCCAAUAAUAACGACGCGAACAUGGCUGGUAAUUUGGUUACUUUCAAGGGCGAGUCUUCUCCAGACAAGAUUUCUCAUGUUGCUGUUCACAAUUUUACACCAAAUGAAGAGAAGAAUGCCACUCACAGCAAGACACAAGUCAAUCGUCCGAUCAAUGGAAAGCCUUUCGACAAGAAAAGCCAAGCUGGCAGCUUACUUUCUUCGCCUCCAUUUUGGUCAAUAUCUAGCUUCUCUGAUAUCGCAGAUAAGAUGGGCAGUACCGCUGUUGAUCCAAAUGUCAAGGAAGGUGUACGUGUAACUGCAACACAAGAAGCAAACUUGACCUUGUGCGAUUGGGAUGGUAGUUGGUGUGCACCACCAAUAUGGGAGGAGCGUGGGGCUUUCGAUUCCGCUUACAUACCCUCUUACAUUCAUGAAUGGUCUGCAGCGGUCAGUCCUAUACAACCAGUCAUAAGUACUGUCGAUACUUCUGCUGAAGGUUUUAUAUCCGGCAAAGAUUUUGUCAAUAACGUCCUCCUUUCCAAGGCGCCCAAACAUGAGCCUACAAUUCCUGAUACCCUGAAUGCCUCCAACGAGGAGAAGAGACGCAAUCAGACUGCUGGCCAGGAGGCAGAAGCUUUCCUGAAGAAAUUUGAGAAAGCUCGAGAGGCUCGAGAAUACGCUAUUAUGGCAGACAACGCUCGGCAUGAGGAAAUAAUGGCACAAGAGCCGGAGCCAAAUCCAUACGCCCCUAAGAUAGAGAUUUAUCUACGACCCGCCACAGAAGCUGAUGCGAAGCAAAUUUUGCAGAUCUACAACCAUUACAUAAUCGAGUCUUACAUUCCAGAGGAUCAAGAGCCUCUGACGGAAAGUGACAUCCUGUACCUCAUUCAGGUUACGAAAAAAGAAAAGUUACCUCUCGUCGUUGCUGUGAAAGGGCGUAUUCCAGCACAGUCUGCCAAUCCAAAAGUUAGAACCAAGGUGCCACAAUAUGAGAACAUCAUCGGCUUUGGAUACACCGAAAUGCGUGGCUGUGGAAUCGCUGGAAAAUCUAAUGGUCGAUCCAGAUACACACACAAUCUACAUUUUUACACCCACCCAGACUACACUCGCAAGGGUGUUGGUAGCUGCGUUCUAGAUCGACUUCUUUUAGUUUCAAGUCGUGCUUAUUCUAGUCAUGAUGGGUACGACUGGCUCAACCAUGAUAACGAUCCUGCCUAUGGCCAUGGUUGCGGCGCCCGAUGCCAUCAACUGUUGAUCGAGGUUCCUGUUCUUCGAAAGGAUGACCCAAAUUACAAAUGGGUCAAAAGUUUCUUGAGGAAGUUCUGGUUCCUGGAGGAGUUUAGACUCAGUUGUGUUGGGCGAAGUUCUGUAUUACAUCGUGCAGGAGAGUGGCUUGAUGUGGUUCACUUCCAGAAGGAACUUGAACAUGAAGCGGAAUUCACACCUUUUGUCUAA